AUGCCCGUCCAGUUUCAAGGCCCGCCCGGUCAGCCGCCGUUUAUCGUCCACCAGGCCGGACCUCCGUUCGUUCCCGGACCUGGCUUCCAACCCGGACUCGCAGGUCCGGGUCCAGUCCAGGUGUUGGUUCGGGGACCCGCUCCUCCGCAGGGAAUGCCUGUCCCGCAACCGCAACCCCCUGCCGCCCAGAACGUCGCAGGACAGCAGCUAGAGGUCAAACUUGCCGCCCAGCAGGGGGACAUUCAGCAGCUGCUGAUGGAGAAUCAACGGCUGGCAGCGACCCACGUGGCGCUCAGGCAGGAGCUGGCAUCUGCGCAGGGGGAGAUCCAACGGCUGAAAGGCGCCGUUGGGGAGAAGGAUCAGGUGGUUAGGGGCCUGAUGGAUACCAAGGCGAAGCUAGAAGCGGACCUGAGAGGCGCUGAUACACUCAGGCAGGAGCUGCAGGCGGCAAGGCAGGAACUUCAGGGCACUCGGGGCGAGAUCCAGGCGCUGACGUCACGCAGACAGGCAGAGGAAGCUGCGCGGAUGGCGCAGCACCAGCAGGCGCAGCAGCAGCAGCAGCAGCUGCAGCAGCAGUCGGCCCAGCUGCAGCAGCAGUCGGCGAAGAUUCAGCAGCAGGCGGCGCAGAUAGGGCAGAUGAACCAGGACCUCAACCGCAUGCACGCUGACGUGCAGCUGCUGCCCAAGCUGCGGCAGGAGAUUGACUCAAUUACCCAGGAGCUCGCCCUCGCCAGGCAAGCGGUGGAGUAUGAGAAGAAGGCCAACAUGGAUCUGGUGGAGCAGCGGGGAGCCAUGGAGAAGAAUCUCAUUGCGUCUGCUCGGGACGUGGAGCGUCUUAAAGCCCAGAUUGCCAACCUGCCGCCCAUGAUAAGUCAAGGAAGCGGCUAUUCCGGGAUGCCCUACCAGGGGGUUAGUGGAGGGUACAUGGACUAUGGAUCCCAACUCAACCAG